GGCCAAUAUUCCAUGUAUAUCUAUCGGUGUGGUAAGCUCACCUGAGCAGGUAUUCGCUGACACUCAGGUACGGGCAACAGUAUCACUCGCACAUGUAAUACGGCCAGGAGCAGACGACAGUUUUUUUUCGGGUGUGUUACGCACGGGGGCGAGUUCUACCUGGACUUACCUGUAUAUAAAAACACGUGUGGUUAGUUUUUCGGCAAUAGGUAGAGAUCGCUACCUGUGACAAGGUGUUCUUGUCAAUGAGGUGGGCAUGACAUCAGUACGCCGGUUAUAAUAGGACUCGCGAGCUAAGUUAACAUACCAACUUGGAAAUAUAUGCCUGAUGGGUUUUUGUAAUUAGAAAAUUGUGACAAUAUCAACGAAGACUUUACUCUGUGGUAUUUACAAAUCUAUAUUGGAUCAAUUAUCACCUGGGCGCAAUCAAACACCUGUAAUAAGCGUAUCUCACCUGUUGACUAUACGUCACCUGUCGCCUUCGAAAUAUUACCGUUUGAAUUAUUUAAAAAUUGUAAUUUUUUCACCGGGAGACGAAAAAUUGUGUGUGAUAUUCAUUCGGGAUUUCGUUAACUGUUCAGACACAAUGGCCAAAUUGAAGGGAUUUUCUGCUACCUGGAUAAAAUCGAUGGCUUCGUGUUUACUGCCAGCGAUCAUACUAGCAUUACUACUACCCGUGACGGUUUCAGCCCAAUCAUCACAGGGUGUUAGCAGUUCGGUAACGAGCACAGUAAUGCCCCCGUCGUCAUCAGCACCCCCUGUGACGUCAUCAAUGUCCACGUCGGUGAUUGUAACGUCACCAGUGUCGUCAUCGGCUCACCAAAGUCAGUCCAGUUCACAGACAAUGUCUUUAAGUUCUGGGAUUGUUUCGACUUCUGCUACAACGGAAAUGACGUCAUCCCCAAGUGCGUCAGCUUAUACUAGUUCUAGUUCCAAUGUAAUAACACCAUCAAGCGCCCAGCCGACACAGCCGACAAGCUCACAAGCGUCUGUAAACGCAGACCAGUUGAUGUCGUCAAGUAUGGCGCCUGCUGAUACGUCAUCACAUGUACAGACACCAACUCUAUCCACGAGUGUAAAUGUACCCGCAACAACCCAACCUAGUUCUUCUGCAUCAAUGACGUCAUCAAGUUUCACUCAGUCCUCAUCGUCAUCAUCUGGUAAAGGUGCGACAUCAUCAAGUGUACCAGUAUCAUCAAGCAGCGUCCUCUCGACUUCAUCAAAUGUGGGUUCCUCUUCGGUGGGGAUGACGUCAUCAAGUGUUACCGAGGUUACAGGUACUUCAACGGAUGCGUCAAUGACGUCAUCAGCAUCUCUGACCUUAGCGCCGUCAACCUCAAUUACAAAUGUGGCUUCAACAGUUACCUUAACGCCACAGGCAACAACAUCUACGGUGCCAACAACACAAGCUCCGACAACCCAGGCUCCUACAUCACGGGCUCCUACAACACAGGCACCAACCACACAGGCUCCUACAACACAGGCACCAACAACACAGGCUCCUACAUCACAGGCUCCUACAACACAAGCUCCCACAACACAAGCUCCAACAACACAAGCUCCAACAACACAGGCACCAACAACACAAGCUCCUACAACACAGGCACCAACCACACAGGCUCCUACAACACAGGCUCCCACAACACAGGCUCCUAUAACACAGGCUCCCACAACACAGGCACCAACCACACAGGCUCCUAUAACACAGGCACCAACAACACAGGCUCCUACAACACAGGCACCAACCACACAGGCUCCUACAACACAGGCUCCUAUAACACAGGCUCCUACAACACAGGCUCCUACAACACAGGCUCCCACAACACAGGCUCCUACAACACAGGCUCCUAUAACACAGGCUCCUAUAACACAGCCUCCUACAACACACGCUCCCACAACACAGGCUCCUAUAACACAGCCUCCUACAACACACGCUCCCACAACACAGGCUCCUACAACACAGGCUCCCACAACACAGGCUCCUACAACACAGGCUCCUAUAACACAGGCUCCUAUAACACAGGCUCCUACAACACAGGCUCCCUCAACACAAGCUCCUACAACACAGGCUCCUAUAACACAGGCUCCUACAACACAGGCACCAACCACACAGGCUCCUACAACACAGGCACCAACCACACAGGCUCCUAUAACACAGGCUCCUAUAACACAGGCUCCCACAACACAGGCUCCCACAACACAGGCUCCAACAACACAGGCGCCAACAACACAGGCUCCAACAACACAGGCGCCAACCACACACGCCCCUUCAUCUCAGGCUCCUAUAACACAGGCCCCUGCAACACAAGCUCCCACAACACAGGAACCCACAACACAAGCACCAACCACACAAGCUCCGAUAACACAGGCACCAACCACACAGGCUCCUUCAACACAGGCUCCUAUAACACAGGCUCCCACAACACAAGCUCCGACAACCCAGGCACCAACCACACACGCUCCUACAUCACAGGCACCAACCACACAGGCUCCUACAUCACAGGCUCCUACAACACAGGCACCAACCACACAGGCACCAACCACACAGGCACCAACCACACACGCUCCUUCAUCACAGGCUCCUACAACACAGGCCCCUACAACACAGGCAUUAACAACACAGGCUCCCACAACACAGGCUCCCACAACACAGGCUCCCACAACACAGGCUCCUACAACACAGGCACCAACCACACAGGCUCCCACAACACAGGCUCCUAUAACACAGGCUCCCGCAACACAGGCUCCUACAACCCAGGCACCAACAACACAGGCUCCUAUAACACAGGCUCCUACAACACAGGCUCCUACAACACAGGCACCAACCACACAGGCUCCCACAAAACAGGCUCCUAUAACACAGGCUCCCACAACACAGGCUCCUACAACCCAGGCACCAACAACACAGGCUCCUAUAACACAGGCUCCUACAACACAGGCUCCUACAACACAAGCCCCCACAACACAGGGUCCUACAACACAGGCUCCUACAACACAGGCACCAACAACACAGGCUCCUACAACACAGGCUCCUACAACACAGGCUCCUACAACACAGGCUCCAAACACACAGGCUCCCACAACGACACAUCCCACAUCACAAGUAGCAACAACAUUCGCACCCUCGACACAAGCCCCCACAUCACAGCCUCCAACAACACAAGCACCUAUAACCCACGAUCCUACACAAGCUCCUACGACUAUUCCUUCCACGACACAAGCCCCUACAUCACAGCCUUCCACGACAUACGCCCCCACAUCACAGCCUCCCUCGACGCAAGCCCCAACAUCACAGCCUCCCUCGACACAAGCUCCCUCAUCACAGCCUCCCUCGACACAAGCCCCAACAUCACAGCCUCCCUCGACACAAGCUCCCACAACACAAGCUCCUACACCACAACCUCCCUCGACACAAGCUCCCUCAUCACAGCCUCCCUCGACGCAAGCCCCAACAUCACAGCCUCCCUCGACACAAGCUCCCUCAUCACAGCCUCCAACGACCCAAGCCCCAACAUCACAGCCUCCCACGACACAAGCUCCUACAUCACAGCCUCCCUCGACACAAGCUCCCUCAUCACAGCCUCCCUCGACACAAGCCCCAACAUCACAGCCUCCCACGACACAAGCUCCCUCAUCACAGCCUCCCACGACACAAGCUCCCUCAUCACAGCCUCCCACGACACAAGCCCCUACAUCAAAGCCUCCCACAACACAAGCCCCUUCAACACAGCCUCCCACGACACAAGCCCCAACAUCCGAACCACCUACAACAGAAACCCUAACAUCGCAGUCCCCCGCGACACAAACCCCCUUGCAAACUGCUCCAACGACCCAGUCACCUACAUCACAACAUCCCACCACACAUGGUCCUACAUCUCAGACACCAGCAACACAACCUCAAACUACUGAAGCACCAACCACACAAGCUCUAACUAGUGAAGCACCAACAACACAAGCUCCUUCAUCACAGGCUCCCACAACACACGCCCCUUCAUCACAGGCUCCCACAACACAAGCCCCCACAACACAAGCCCCCACAACACAAGCCCCCACAACACACGCCCCUUCAUCACAGGCUCCCACAACACAAGCCCCCACAACACAAGCUCAUUCAUCACAGGCUCCCACAACACAAGCCCCCACAACACAAGCCCCUUCAUCACAGGCUCCCACAACACAGGCUCCCACAACUCAGGAACCCACAACUCAGCCUCCCACAACUCAAGCGGCCACAACACACGCCCCUUCAUCGCAGGCUCCAACAACACAAGCACCAACAACACAGGCUCUAACCACACUAGCUGCCACAACACAAGCUCCAACAACACAGGCUCCCACAACGCAAGCUGCCACAACACAAGCUCCAACAACACAGGCUCCCACAACGCAAGCUGCCACAACACAAGCUCCAACAACACAGGCUCCCACCACACAAGCUCCAACAACACAAGCUCCCACCACACAGGCUCCUACAACACAGGCUCCGACAACACAAGCUCCAACAUCACAGGCUCUCACAACACAGGCUCCCACCACACAGGCUCCCACCACACAGGCUCCCACCACACUAGCUCCCACAACACAGGCUCCUACAACACAAGCUGUCACUACAAAAGCUCCUACAACGCAAGCUGCCACAACACAGGCUGCAACAUCACAGGCUCCAACAACACAGGCUCCCACAACACAAGCUCCAACAACACAAGCUCCCACUACACAAGCUGCAACAUCACAGGCUCCAACAACACAAGCUCCAACAACACAAGCUCCAACAACACAAGCUCCCACAACACAAGCUGCCACUACACAAGCUCCAACAUCACAGGCUCCAACAACACAGGCUGCCACAACACAAGCUCCCACAACACAAGCUCCCACAACACAAGCUCCAACAACACAAGCCCCAACAUCACAGCCUCCCACGACACAAGCUCCCUCAUCACAGCCUCCCACAACACAGGCUCCCACAACACAAGCUCCCACAACACAAGCUCCAACAACACAAGCUCCAACCACACAAGCUCCAACAACACAGGCUCCCACAACACAAGCUCCCACAACACAAGCUCCAACAACACAAGCUCCAACAACACAAGCUCCAACCACACGAGCUCCAACAACACAAGCUCCCACAACACAAGCUCCAACAACUCCAGCAUCAGAAAUAACAAGUGAGGCAAGAGCUAGCAUAAGAAUUACUGGCGGAGUAACCUGGGUUCCCACACUUUCGGAGAAAACUUCUGAUGAAUUCAAAACUUUGCGCGAUCAAGUCAAACCAGAGCUGGAGGCUGUGUACCUUGCGCAGUAUGGAGACAAUUUUGUGUCGGUUAUCAUUGACCAGUUUAGACAAGGGAGUGUGAUUGUUGAGUACACCGUGAAAUUAUCAGGCACGGCUCCCGUCACUGAUGCCGACAUGAACAGGGUUGUGGAGACUGCUGUUUCCGACGGAAACCUGGGAGGAUUUACUGUGGAUAAAACAUCUAUAUCUCAUGAUGUUAUAAGAACACCCGUGACCACCACGGUUGCCCCUGUUAUUGCGGAAGGCUUCCCUAACUGGGCUAUUGCCGUGAUCGCCUGUGGAUCCGUUGUCCUUCUCUUCCUCAUAGCAAUGAUCUGCAUAUUGUGUUCCCGAAGACACACAAAGCAGAAGUACCGCCUUCCUGAAGACCCGGAUGAUAUUGAUUAUCGCCGAAGUUGGGCGGGAAGUUCCGACAAUGAAUUUGCAUACGAUAAUAGAUUAGCUCAAGCAACCGAGAUCGAAGGGAAACAACCCGUACAGUUCUUCAAUUUAUCAAAUAAUGAUUUACAAACCGCCAACGGGGCGGACCCGAGUAAAACUACACCCCUAUGAAACGACAUUUCCAAAUACAAUGUAUGAUGGGUGCAAAUGGUAGGCGACCUGUAAACGGUAUAGGAGGGACGAGUUUCCUCCAAGUCAGAGGUGAAACACAAACAAUUUUCGAUGAAUUUUCGGAAACGUGGGAAACAAGAUUAUAGCGACAAAGUGUGUAUUAAGUAUUAAAUAAUUCAUCAGUCCUCAUCCCAUUACCGGUCACAUAUGACGUUUGCAUCUUGAAUAACGUGUGAAAUAUGGUAUUCCUCGGCAGAUUCAGCGGAUUGGAGUAGUGAUGCAUUUCCCAGAUAGUUAAGUUGCAUAAACAAUGAAGGUAACUGCAUAUGAAUAUGCAUGAAGUUGUCUAUGAAUAUGCAUUAGUGUCGAGGAAUAUGCAUGAGUUAUUGCCGACACGGGAAUGGAUAUAUCACGAUAAAAUCAAUGCAAAACUUGAAUGUGAUAUCCAGCUUCAUCGUCCACGAAUCUAUUUUCAUCAACGAAAGUUUUGAUAGAUGACUGAAUGAUCCGAUGGGUGAGUCCACGUGUGCAUAUUUCUAUUAACAAUGAAUAUGCAUUAAAUGAUGCAGAUGAAUAUGCAAGUGCCGAUGAAUAUGCAAGAGUUAGUACCGACACGGAAAUGGAUGAUUACAGAUGUUGUUGUAUGCAAAUGUAAUAAUGUAGUUAGUAUAUGUGAAAUUUUCUCAAUUGUGUGUGUGAGUAAAUAAGUCCGAAAGAUAUCAUGUGUACAUUAAUGCCAGAAAGCUACUUCUAUAUAAUGUAUGUGAAACUGUACACAUUGUGAAGGUGAAACACUUUAAAAAUUGAAUGAACGAAAAUGUUGAGUCUGGAAUGUUAGGCCAGUAUAGUUUAUCACUAGCAUUACCUCGUCAUACAAACUACAGUAGAACUUCGUUAUCUGGAACAUUCGAGAUAUACGCGGUACUCGACAUUAUGAGUAGUAUUUUACUCUGUUGUAAAGACCGUGCUAAAGAUAUAGUACGUUAACCCGUGAAAUGAAAGUGAUUUAAGAAACAAGACCUGGUUUCAUUCUCUCGAGUUUGAGAUAACGAAGGAAUACACACAUGAAAGCUGUUUUAUUUUCGAAUUCCAUGUAACAAUGGUUCAAAGAAACAUGAACUUUUCUAGUUCAUAAUAACGACUUUUCAGUGUCCUAUUACAUAUAUUUAUCAUACUGUCAAACUUUCAAAAAAUUAUCGAAAGUCGUUACAUUCUUUCGAGUAAUAUUUACCUUUAAAAAUCAUGUUUGAUUUCGAUCUGAAAGAUACAUCAGUUGACUUAAUAUUAUCAGAAUGUACAUGAAGUUUUAGCAAUGUUUUGCUUGCAUUACGAAUUGUACUAUGUAGAUCGAGAUACUGUGUAAAAGUCAAAAUAGUGAGGAGUUUGUGUUGAAACCUGCCAUGAUAUUAUCUAUGCAAUAUUGCUUGCUGUUACUGUCAUUCCAAAUAUUUACUUUGUUAAAAUGUAUAUAUAUAUAAUUUCGUCACGUGAUUAACGUGUUCAUGUUUUAUGUAAUAUAUUUUGUAUAUAAACUCAUGUUAGGAACGUUAUAUUAUGAUUAUCAAAUGACGUCACUGACUUCCAUCAAAAAUGGCGAUACUGUAUCACGAACAAAGAUGGCGGAAUUUUGACCAAGUGUUUACUUGAAAAUAUUACAAAUUCCGUUAGAGUGGCUUAUUUCAUUAAUCUCAUAUGAAGUUAAAACGUAUAUAAGAAUGCAAUGUAUAUUUCUGCUCAUUAUAUAUUUGUAUGUUCUAUAUCUUUUGUUUAAAACUUGUGUUUUUCAUAUAUCAUUUUAUUCUGUGUCUAUUUAUAGAUAUGACGACAUGUAAUUCUGAGACUAUCAUUGAUAAAAGCAUUCAAUGACAGCAUUUCCUUUGCAUAAUAUUUUGAGGAAUUUUGUCCGUGAAUGGUUCAAAAUGUGUUCUGACACUAAAAACAAAAAUAAGAUAUUACUUAAUCUUGGUAUAUAUGCAGACGUGCAUUAAUUGUAUUACGUAGUAAAGCUGUCUUAGUAUUGGGGAUACCUGAAUGCGUCAAAUCACAGUUAUACCAGUACCAUAAUGAUAUUUUGAUAUAUUGUGUUGUGAAUUUAGGCGAUAAUUAUAGAAGUACAUAUAUAAAAGUGCUAAUAAAAAUAACUAAGAGCCAAUUAAGAACAUCUGCUGAUCCAAAGUUGUUUAUAUAUGCAAAUAUAUGUUACAAAUAUUCAUCAUAUGCCAUGAAUAUUCAUUAAUUUGCAUAAAUAUGUAUUAUGUCUCAUCAAUAUUCAUUGUCUCUUUUUUGUAUCAUUGUGCAUCUUUAAUGCAAAUCAUGUCUCAAAUACUGCCUUAUACUAGACAAGCAUUAUUUUAUAUGGCUGCAAUUUCUCAUGUUAUCAUAGGUUCUGUCUCAUUUGAUUGGAAUCACAAAGUGUACUUUCUCGUUAUCGUUUCGUUUAUAUAAAAAGCCAUUCACCUAAAUGAAUUUCCUGUAUGUUCGUGUAUCGUUUCAUCAUGAUUAGAUUGUUAAAUAAUUACAUAUAAUAACAUUGUUAAACCACCACUCAAUACAUUAUUGUUGGGGGUAAAUGAAAUUUUAAAAUUUCACCUGUAGAUUUGUGACUAAAUUGUAUGACAAACACAAGUAAAUACAAACUUUCUAAGUGAACCAAUACAUAUAUCUUAUGCGUAACAUUGUAUGAUGGACACGAGUAAAUACAAUUUUUUAAUCGAAUCUGUCUCCCAUCAAUUAUAAUAAAAAUCAAAAUAAGUCAAUAUUUUAAACUUUUCGUUAGUGAGCUUAGCAGUUUAUGCAGCAUCGUUGACUUAUGCCAUGGUAGUAUUGACAUUGAUCAAAAUAAAUAAAUAUAUUGAUAAUAUAUAUAUUCAUUUUUCAAAGUAUAUAGCUGUAUAUAUUAUAUCUUAGUUAAUUAAUUAAUCGAUUGGUUAAUGUGUGUCUGUAAAGGCAUUACGAAGCGAGAUCUGACUCAUCUUCAAAUCCUUACUCUCAUCUCACGCUAAAUAGAAAGGUUGGACAUGAAAGUCUGAUAAAUAUAAAUUUUAAUUUUGGUGUCAAGUGUGUUCGUAUAUAAUUAUGGUGGUAAUAUACAUUGAUAUUGGCAUGGAUGUUUUAUCUCAACACGUCCAAUUAUAUCUAAAUAUGGUUAUAGAAAAUGAUGUAAAUGAACGUCCACACAGCUGUUGUUUAUAUAAUAAUCAGACAGACAUAUGCAAUUGUAAAUAUACCCGCAGAGGUUGUUAAAUAUGCUUAUAUAUUAAAUUACGGAAAACGAAAUUCGAUGUUCCAUCCAUUCUAUGUGCCUUGAAGAACUUGAUUUCGUCCGUGAUUUUUUUUCAAAUUUCAUUUCAAACAAAAUACUUAUUUCAAAUUUAUUGACAAUCUUUUAUAUAUGAAAACUAACUAUGAUAUUAUCAAUCGUGUAUUUUACACUGCAUAGUAAUGAGAAAUUGAAAUAGAAAGCAAACGCAUUUGCUACAAAAGAAAAGGAUCUAAAUUCAGAGUUGCAUUUUGGUACACCACGAAAAUAGGAAAUACGCUGAAUCCUGUUGGCUGUUUAUUCCAGGUCUAUACAAGAAAUCCUUUAUAUAUUUAAUUUAUAUUCAUGUAUAUAGUUAUACCUUGUUAAAAACUGUGGUAAUUAGGACACCAAUCUCGGUUACUAGCAUUAACAAACUAAUAAUGAUUUUGCAUAUCCACCUCGCAGCAUUAUAUUAAACAAAUAUUAUAAAAGUUUUUUUUUCCAUGUGACUAUCAUUCUCGAUUUCAGGAAAACAAAUACUAAUAAUAAUUUGCACAGCAAGCUAUCAGAUUUCAGAUAUGUUUUGAAAAAAAUAUUUUGUAAACUGUAGAUUUACUGAUGGAAUUCAUCUUGGCGAGAUUACAAUUAAUAUAUUUGUAUUCUAAAUAUUAUAUAUAGCGAUGUCUCUAAUGCGGCCUCAUAGUCUCGUUUGGAAAUCAUUAACGACAGUAAUUGUCAUGUGAUCACAACUAAAUCCUAAUUCCCGAUUUACCGAAGGAAUAUUUGUCACAUAAAUGUUCUUUUCAUUUUCAUAUUUAAAAAAAAAGAUGAUUUUCAUCUGAAGCGUUAGAGGUCGCACCACAUCGCUGCAAAUGAUUUAUUUGAUUUACAAAAGUAUUAUAAAUAUGUGUAUAUAAGUAUCAUUACUUAUAUGGGAGUGAAUUGAGAAAGAUAUGAUAGUUAUGAUUAUAGAGUAAUUGUAUAUUAAUUUUGAAAGUUUCUAUCAUAUAUAUUUAUACAUUACAUAUAUCACUUGUCAAAGACUUGUAUGAAAUUCACAAACCAAAUAAUAAAUCCUUGAUUUAUAUACGAUA